CAUUUUUCCUUCAUCUUUCUUUCUUCAUCCUCAGAACUCAUUUUUCACAACCAUCAAAAAUGACUUUAACUCUACGUUCUACAAAUUCUUUCCUUAAGGGUCUCAGAAGCUUUAAAGCUUCUGAAGAAUUCCCGAAUCUCGUAUGUAUUGCAAGAAUCAGACCGUCGUAUCGUGUUCGGGCAAUCAGUUCCUUACAGGCAGAGCAUUUUACGCCUGAGAAGAUGGUGUUAGAAGGCAGGUGUAGUGAUAAAUGGGAAAAACUACAUGAAUUGACAGGUCAUCUUCACACGAAUGAUUCGAAGGUGCCGGUGUUUGUGAUGCUUCCUUUAGACACUAUAUCUACUGGUGGAAGCUUAAACAAGCCACGGGCAAUGAAUGCCAGUCUGAUGGCGCUAAAAACUGCUGGUGUUGAAGGAGUAAUGGUAGACGCAUGGUGGGGGUUGGUCGAAAAGGACGGACCUAUGAAGUAUAAUUGGGAUGGGUAUGUUGAGCUAGUGCAGAUGGUCCAAAGGCAUGGUCUAAAGCUACAAGUAGUUAUGUCUUUCCAUCAAUGCGGAGGAAAUGUGGGCGACUCCUGCAGUAUUCCUUUACCCCCAUGGGUACUAGAAGAAAUCGACAAUAACCCUGACCUUGUCUACACAGACAAAUCAGGCAGGAGGAAUCCAGAGUAUAUCUCCUUAGGCUGCGAUUCGCUGCCAGUGCUCAAAGGAAGAACACCCAUUCAGGUCUACUCUGACUACAUGAGGAGCUUCCGUGAGAAAUUCAAAGAUUAUCUGGGCAAAGUUAUUGUGGAAAUUCAAGUAGGGAUGGGACCAUGUGGAGAGCUAAGAUAUCCAUCUUACCCAGAAAGCAAUGGCACUUGGAGAUUUCCAGGGAUUGGAGAGUUUCAGUGUUAUGACAAGUAUAUGAAAGCAUCAUUGCAAGCAGCAGCUGAGGCAUUUGGACAGCAAGAAUGGGGAAGAAAUGGGCCGCAUGAUUCAGGCCAGUACCACCAGUAUCCUGAAGACACAGGAUUCUUUCGUAGAGAAGGAACAUGGAAAACACCAUAUGGACAGUUCUUCCUAGAGUGGUACAGUGCAAAACUAAUUGAGCAUGGUGAGAGCAUUCUAGGAGCUGCUCAUGGAAUAUUUAAGGAUACUGGGGCAAAACUGUCCGGGAAAGUAGCAGGAAUCCAUUGGCAUUACAAAACCAGAUCACAUGCCGCUGAAUUAACAGCUGGAUAUUAUAAUACAAGAGAUCGAAAUGGCUACCUACCAAUAGCUAGAAUGUUUGCGAAGUAUGAAGUCGUACUCAACUUUACAUGCAUGGAAAUGAAGGAUGGGGAGCAACCAGAUCAUGCAAACUGUUCUCCUGAAGGUCUAGUGCAGCAAGUAAAAUUGGCAACUCAAACAGCUGGAGCUGACCUUGCUGGUGAAAAUGCACUGGAGAGAUAUGAUACAAGUGCAUUUGGGCAAGUUUUAGCAACCAGCAAGUCUCAAACGGGAAGUGGAUUGAGUGCUUUUACAUAUUUAAGGAUGAAUAAAAGAUUAUUUGAAGGAGAUAAUUGGAGGCAUUUGGUAGAGUUUGUGAAGAGCAUGUCUGAAGGUGGUCAAAACGAGAGACACUCAGCAAAAGACUUAAGCAGGACAGGCCUUUAUGUAGGAUUUUUGAAAGAGAAGAGCAUUCAGAAAAAUGAGCAAGCUUUAGUAUAAAUUUUACAAGCACUGCAAUAAUUAUUGGUGCAAACUAGCAUACUCUUAUACGAUGGAAGGGUACAUACUGAUCAAAUAGUAUAUAGAGCAUGAAUUAUACAAGAUAUGCAUGUCAAUUACAAGGCUAUUUCGUAAGAUAAAUAAGAGUGAGGCCUUAUACAUCCUAGCUUCAAGUAGUAUAGAGCACGAUUUUUACAAUGUAUGCAUGUCAAUUUCAAGGCAAUUUCAAGAGAUAAAUAAGAGUAAAGCCUUAUA